AAAGUACAACACCACAAUACCUCAACUCCUCAAUUAACACAACAUCAAUGGCGCGAAGAAAGGCCAAGAAGCAAACCCAUCUGGGUGCCAGCAAUGGCCCUACUGGGAAAGCGCGGAAUCAAAAUAACCCCAAUUCCAUCUCGCGGACGCCGAAGAGUAUGGUCAUUCGCAUUGGAGCUGGAGAGGUUGGACCAAGUGUGAGCCAGUUGGUGAAAGACGUGCGCUCGAUGAUGGAACCGGACACCGCCUCAAGACUGAAGGAGAGGAAGGCGAACAAACUGAGGGAUUAUCUCACCAUGUCGGGGCCAUUGGGUGUUACACAUCUCAUGCUCUUCUCGCGAUCAGAAACUGGAAAUACCAAUAUGCGACUUGCGAUCACACCUCGAGGACCGACUUUACAUUUCCAGGUUGAGAAAUACUCCUUAUGUAAAGAUGUACGAAAAGCGUUGAAGCAUCCCAAAGGCGGCGGAAAAGAAUUUGUUACGGCUCCAUUGGUGUGUAUAUCAGUCUAUUGCAGGGAAAUAGCCUCUAACUAUCGCAGCUCGUCAUGAACAACUUCACAUCUCCUCCCUCUGAUUCCGAUGCGCCACAUAAAGUACCCAAACAUCUCGAAUCCCUUACCACGACAGUCUUUCAAUCAUUAUUUCCUCCAAUUAAUCCCCAAGCCACACCACUUACUUCAAUUCGCCGAGUCAUGUUGUUGAAUCGAGAAGUCUCUGAAGAUCCAGAAGAUGGUUCAUAUAUUCUCAAUCUCCGACACUAUGCGAUCACGACGAAGGCCACGGGAUUAUCGAAGCCUCUGCGCAGAUUGAAUGCAGCUGAGAAACUUCUAAGCUCUCAAAAACCAAAAGAAAAGAAAAAGGGCGGUCUGCCAAAUCUUGGAAACUUGGAGGAUAUUGCCGAUUAUAUGGUCGGGGGUGCAGAUGGCGCAGGUUAUAUGACGGAUGCGACAAGUGGUAGCGAGGCCGACACAGAUGCCGAAGUAGAAGUUGUCGAGACUCGCGCCAAGAAACUUAUCUCGAAGCGCCAAAAAGACCGAGAAGAUGGGAAAGGGAAAGACUCUGGAGCGGGAGUGGAAAAGAGAGCUGUUAAGCUUGUCGAAUUGGGGCCGAGAAUGAGAUUGCGAAUGACCAAGGUAGAGGAGGGCGUUUGCUCUGGAAAAAUCAUGUGGCACGAAUACAUCCACAAGACAAAAGAAGAAAUCAAGGAGCUAGACAAGGUAUGGGAGAAGAGGACGCAAGAAAAGGAAUUAAGAAAGCGUAUUCAAAGAGAAAAUGUUGAAAAGAAGCGGAUUGCCAAAGGGCAAGGCGCGAAGGGUGCAGAAGCCGAUGAUGAGGACGAAGAUGAAAUGGAUGUUGAUGAGUGGGAUAGUGAGGGUCUUGAGGGCGAUGGAGAAAUGGAGCUUAAUGAGGAGAUGGACGAGAAUGGGGAGUGGGAAGAUGCGGAGGAGGAGAUUGCUGCUGGUUGAGAGACGAAGUUACGUGCAUUUAAUGAGAUACCUUUUUCCCGAGGUUGUCAAGUUUAUAUCCCAUCUUUAGAUGUGUUAAAGCAUUUCGUAGCAGUGUUAUCUCGGUUUUAUGGGUACCUAAUUUUGCAUCACCUCGGGUCUGGUUACUCUGGUAUUCAUGUCACUUGUCUCUGUCACUUUGGAACUCAUUUAUUACUACUUCUGCC